AUGGCCCGCCUCGCCGCCGUCCUCGUUGCCUUCCUCGCCCUCUUCGCCGUCGCGGCCACGGCACAGGCCCCUGCCGCGUCGCCCAAGCGCGCGCCGGCGCCGGCGCCACCCAAGUUGGCCCCUCUCCCGCCGCCGCCGACCAGGGCCCCGAUGGCCUCCCCGCCCUCGCCGCCCACGGUGGCGCCGGUGUCCGCGCCCUCCGCCGACGCACCAGCCACGAGCCCCAUCGGCGCGGGAGUUGGCGUCGCGAUGGCCCCGGCGGGAGCCUCCGCUCUGACUCCGGCGGCUGCGCCCGUCACGGAGAAGAGCGCCGCCGUAUCUGCCUCUGCCGCCAGCUUCUUCGUCGUCGCCGGAGCUGUGGCAGCCGCCGUCGUCUUCUAG